AUGUUGAGAUGGGAUAUCUCGAUCCCCCAAGAGAUAUCAACACAAGAACCAUUGAUGAGGUCCUCGUCAAAGGCGAAAUCGCGGGAGCAAGCGGCUGCAGAGGACAAGGCGGCUGCGGCGAACUGGCCAAGGGGUCCACAAGAAAGACGGCAACGGCGACGGGAACAAAAGAGAAGCGCUAAUCGUGGUACCUUCCCCAUAUCCACGCUCGCAGUCGAGAGGACCGGCGGGGCAAGUCAUAGACGCAUGCUCCGUUCGCCAGCCAUCACCGCUCUCAGCCCGUACGACUGGUCAGUCGAUAGGACCAUGGCCGGUACCGCGCGGUGA